CAGCAUGCUUUUUGGAUACACGCCACUCGCACCGGUGCAACUUUGAGUCCGUUACUGGAUGUCAACUAUUUUUCGCGUCGUUGACAUUACACCCGAGGAGCUGCGAUGUAGUCGGAGCUGACCCGAACGGAACCCUACACCUCCUGACGGAUUUUGGUAGAGGCACCCGAUUUCACCCGUUCUUCUCCAAGUACUCUACGAUGUGGACGAGCUACACUUUUUUGCUGGCGUAUUUAUGCGUCGUUUGCUUUGGAAACACGCACAAAUGCGACGAUGUUCGCAAAGUUUUUCAGCUCAGACAAAUUGGACCGAACCAGUUGCUGCCUUUGAGUCCCAGACCAGGCUUAGACCUUCAAGUGUGCAGGUCUAAAAGUCAGAGUUGCUGCACCAAAAAGAUGGAGGAGAGAUACCAGAUAGCGGCACGGAGGGACAUAGAAAACCUCCUUCAGACAUCUAGCUCCAGCCUAAAGUUUCUUAUCUCACGCAACGUGGCCGCUUUUCAAGGCUCAUUUGAGUUUCUGAGGAAGCAGGCAGAGAACCAUACCAAUGUCCUGCUGCAGGAGUACUACGGCAACAUGGCUGAUCAGACCGAAGGUCCUGUGCGGGAACUCUUCACUGAUAUUAGUCUCUUCUUGCUGGGGUCUGAGGUCCAUGUUGAGGACUUUGUCCAAAGAUUCUUUGAUGCCCUCUUCCCGAUCGUAUACAAUCGCUUCAUCAACCCGGGCCUCAGCGAGCUAUCAGCAGGGUACGCUGAGUGUGUACGGUCAUCGAGCCGUGAGGUGAGGCCAUUCGGCGGGGCGCCAGGUUUACUAGCAGAUCAAAUUGCUCGCUCCGGGGUCUCUGGCAAGGUUCUCCUCCAAGCUUUGCACCUCGGCAUUGAAGUCAUAAAUACGACAGACCACUUGCUGUUGAGCCGUGAGUGCAGAAAGGCCUUACUCAAGAUGCAUUACUGCCCCCACUGCCAGGGCUUAACUCAGUCCAAGCCUUGCAUGGGCUACUGCCUGAACGUGAUGCGAGGUUGCUUAGCAAGUAUGGCAGAAAUUGACCAUCACUGGAGGGAGUUCGUCCAGUCUUUGGAGGACUUGUCAGCUCAGAUGCACGGACCGCACGAUUUGGAGCAAGUGCUGCUGGGAAUACACAAAAUGCUGCAUGAUGCUGUUGGACAUGCUCAAAGAAACGGACCCCAUAUCUCAGCACAGGUGCACAAACUGUGUGGGCCACCCAGCAGGAAGGCUCUGCAGACAACAAGCAUCCAGCACAGCAGUAAAGAAUCCACCCACCUUAAGACUCCAGCUAAAGUGUCAGGCGACUCACUUGCUCUCAAGAGAAGGGACUUUCUGAACAGUCUGCGCCUCUACCGGACAUAUUACGGAGGCCUUGCAGAUCAGUUGUGCGUUAGUGAGCUAGCCUCUGCUGAUGGCCUCUCCUGCUGGAAUGGAACUGACAUCGUGAAAAGCUACACUCUGCGUGUGGUGGGAAGUGGUAUCAAGGCGCAAGCUGCAAACCCCGAGGUUAAAGUGAAAGGAGCUGACCCAGUGAUUCAUCAAAUCAUAGACAAACUGAAGCAUAUCAAUCAGCUGCUUCAGGGAAAAUCCAUUCCUAAACUGGGAACUUUGGACCAAAUUGAAACAGGAAGCGGAGAUGCAGAAGGACAUUACAGCGGUGACUGUGAUGAUGAAGAUGGCUGCGGAGGGUCAGGUAGUGGGGAGAUCAAGAACAUCCAGAAAGUGUACAAAUUGAAUCCAGAUGUGUCCACUGGUCACAAUCACCAUAACCCACCUGUAAAGGAUUCAAAGGUGAAGGUCCUAUCCAGGAGCGUCCAACUGACGGGUUCCAUUGUCGUCAUGAUGAUGCCUUGGUUACAUGUUCUCCAUGCUCUGUAGCAGUUGCUGCAGUCAACCUCAAAACUUGAUUCUAACCUUAUUUAUCCAAGGAUGACACAUGAGGCUCUCACAUGAUAACAUGUAAUGGAGCACCAAUUCCACAGAGUGCUGGGCACACACAGGACUUACCACCGUGUGGAAAAUGAAAGACAUUACCUCAUAUUUCAAAGAAUAUAUUCUCCUGUUUAUAUUUACUCAAUAUGUCAACAAUCACUUUAGUAUAUUUUGUCACUUGCAUUGCUACAGUAUGCUAUGUCUGCACAUUAGAUGAAUGGCCUUGAGAUAUAAAAUAUGCAGAAACAUACAUUUUAAAUAUUCUUUAACGGUCUGUUUAAAAAAACUUAAAAUAGACAAAAUUAUCAGAUUUUUAAAACGGAUUAUGAAAUUUUGAGAGCAUAAGUGGAAAAAUGUCUAUUGUGAGUAAUUUAGCAAUGUGCCAAUUAUAAACACAAUACCAUAUUUUUUCUGACUAUAAGGCACACUUAAAACCCUUUAUUAAAAAAAAUGACAGUGUACUUUAUAAUCCAGUGCACCUUAUGUAUUAAAUUUGGUUGGGUUUAACGAUAUUGAACCUAUUUUGUUGCAGCAUGACUAUUAUACUGCUUCAAUAAAUUGCUCCAGGCACACAUUCAUCAUUUAUCAAACCCAAAAACAAAAAACAAACAAAAAACCUAUAAAACAAAUCAUAAUUAAAUUAAUAGUUAAAACAAUAUUUACAAAGUUAAAAGAUGAUAAACAAAUUUAAAAUGCAGUGCAUUUAUUAAUGCACUAAUGUGCCUUAUAAUCAGGUAAGGAGUAUGUAGGAAAAUCAAAACACGUUCAUUAAUUGUGUGCUUUAUUGUCUGGAAAAUAUGGUAACUCUGAACUGGGACAUUUCAAAAUAUUUUCCUUUUCUUAGCUUUACCGUCAUUUUAAUCGGUAUAUUUGAACUGUUAGGAUCACUGCAUGGCUGAGGAGGAGAAAAGUGAAGAGACUCAUAUUAAAAAAAGAGAUUUUAAAUUACUUCCCACCAUCUAUUUUCUUAUCAGCUCUUUGAGCGUCUGGGGAAGUAUCAAAUCUCUUCAGCCUCUUAUUUGAUUAUACUUAAAAGAAAUAUGUAGAUUGUGAUUUGCAUGAAUUUUUGCCAACAGAAAAAUGGGAAAUGACAAAUGCCAUGGAAGUCAGUUAGAAUAUCGCUGUACAGUAUAAGCCACACACUAUUUUGAUCACACUGGAUGUCCAAGAGAAGAUGCUUGGAGCACAGAUUUAAUAGUUUUUGUUUUUGUUGUAAUAUAAUAAAUAUCAAAUAUCAAAAUAUCAAAUAGAAAAUUAUGGAACAUUUUUUAAAAAUGUUUUUUUUUUUGUAUUAAUUUUUUUAUAAGUCAAGUUUGUUUUUUGUUUGAUCCUCAACUUCCUCUAAAAAGACCUAUUAUUAGCAAACCCUGCUUCCAGUUCACCGAAAUAAGCACUGUAACAAAUAUUCGUAAUAUAUGACAAAACAGUUAAAUUUUAAAUAAUUUAUGUUUAUAAGUAGUGACAACAUUAUAUUAAUUGAUUUUUAAGAGACCCCAGGUUGUACUGGGAAAUAUGAUUUUCUAUGGGGGGAAAAAAGCUAAAUCUGACACUUUUAAAUGUUUUGUAUUUAUGCUUUGUAAUAGCCCAAAAUAAUACUGUACAUUAACACAGUUUUUUAAUGUAAAAUAAUAAAACUGAAAGAAUGAUGCAACUUCUGAUGUUUGGUCAGUAAUUUUCUUUGCAAGGAGCGGCAUGA